AUGCCUGCUCCUAUCGUCUAUGAUGGAGUCAGUGGAGGGGGUGGCCGGGAUGACUUGCUCUUUAGCGGCAUCAAGUUCUGGCUUGCCGUUCGUGUGCCUAGUAGGCUCAAAUUCAAAGAAAAGAUCCAGAGUAAUGGCGGCGAGGUUGUCCACAUGGAGCGGCAGGCAGACAUAUUGAUUGCUGAUGACGCUGCUCCAAAAAAGGCACCUUUGAACUGGGACUCAUAUUCAUGGAAGUUCAUUGAUGCCGCCAUUGAGAAAGGGGAGCUUCCCGACAAGGCAGAUUAUUUGAUUCCCAGACCAGGUACGGCUGUCACAAGGGCAUCCGUACCCGCAAAUGGUAGCUCCAAGGGAACACGGACACCUUUCACCACCGAGGACGACCGUAUCAUUACCGAAUGCGCAAGGAGACAGUUGGCUACCCCUCAAGGUGUCGGCUUCAAGGGAUCCUUAAAAGGAAAUGCAUUUUGGGCUGAAUUUGCCGCAAAGGCAUGCAAUGAUCAACCACUAGAAGCCGAGCCAGAAGAGACCACUACGCAGGCUAGCAUGGAACCAACAGCCCGUACACUCGAUCAAUCAGGUCCACGCUCAAAGAGCCCUCAGCCCAAAUCAAAUCCCCAAGUACUACAUGCAAAGGCUCGUACGACCAAAGAAGGCGGCCGACAGAGAUUUACUGCAGCCGAAGACAAGGCUCUUAUCGAGGCUGUCGACGACGCACGAAGACUGGGUGAAAACAUUGGUGGCAAACUGUUUUAUGAGGAAUUCGCGAAAGAUAAUCCCACGCACACUGCUGAGUCCUGGAGGAGCCGCUACCAUCGCACACUCGCACCAAGGCUUUUCCCGAACGGGUUGCCUGUUUCAGAUGAUCAGCCAGAGGCAAUACGACGCGUAGUCACGAAGACACGCCAUACAACUGAAACUGAAGACAGCCCCCACGGCCAACCGGAUAGCCCCCGCGGCCAACGCUCACAGGCCGCCCGCGAGGAGGAUCCAACCGAAAAUGCGGAUGAUCUUGUAGAUCCCGCAACUCUCGAAGCCCAAGAGGCUCAACCGCGGGAAAGCAGGACUCCAUCACCUCAACCGCCUAAAUCCGCUGUAAACGGCGAGUCGAUGGAGGGAUACCACGGCGAGUCCCACAUACCUUCAACACCAACGCACGAUAGGCAAACUACAACAACAAGCAACGAGGCCCAUUCCUAUCGCGAAUUUUAUGACUAUCUGGAGGAUUAUGUGAUAAAAUUUCCAAACACAAUUGACACGAAGCCUCGUAUUCGUGGAGUCAAGAUUGAUCUAUUCAGGUUACAGAAAGCCGUCGAGUCGCAAGAGGUAGACUUUGACGAACUCGACUGGUCACUAGUUUGUGAGGACAUUGGAUUUGAAUCGCCUGACUCUGACUUGGUCAAAUCGGUUGAAGAGUGCUAUGGAGCCAACUUACAGGGCUUCGUCGAAGUACUUCGUGGUUUCAACGAAUGCGGUUCGGAGGUGGUUUCUCCAGAAUCGGACUCUGGCAGCAGGCUUUCUGUGGAUCAAGAUGAGCGCCCAGAGUCGGACACGAUGCUUAAUCGGGUAUCUUUGCCAGGCCGUGAGGGACAUAGAGGUUCCGACAAUGAUGAGCUGGCUGACGUCCAAUCUGGGUCAGCUUCGUCGCCAACUCCACGACACCUCGGGAAGCGCCAGAGAACGAGAGAACUCUUCAACGAACGCCACAAACGGAGGCGGUUAGCACGCGAUAUUGAAAUACCCGACACUCCUGAAGCAACCUCAAAGUUCCGGCUUCAGUCCCCAUUUGACGAGCCUGAUAACGAGGGUAAUGAAGAAGAGGGUGAGGGUGAUGAGGAUGUUGAGGAUACAGAAGACCCAUCUGGGAACUCUCCCUCGCAGCAAUUGAGAUCAGAGCUUGCCCAAUCUGUUUCAAGCCGAAACAGCGAACAGAGCUCAAGCCAGGACCACCCAACAGCCGCAGCUAAUGGGCGAAUCAAGGCCCCGAUCGCUGAGAUAGGUGAAUCUCUGCGAUAUGCAGCCCAUGAAAAGCUCCCGAAGCAAGGUCGUCUGCCAGAUGGGCCGGCAGCUACCCGCAAUAUCAACAAGAAUGUCGAUGCAAAAUCGGCAUCCUCUCGGACAGUCUCUCGGGUCUCUACACACCAGACUCAAGGAGCAAACCCUGCACCAAGAUCUGCACAGCCUCCCCCGAUUACUGUGCGCUCUACACCGACAAAAAAAGCUCUCCAACCUAACAAAGAAGUCUCCGUGAGACCCCAUGUGUUCUCCACACCAAGGCCAUCGGCAAGCAAGCCCAUGGGGGUGGACUCCCCAUUGGCAUCUAUACCACAUGACAUCCUCAGUGACAUCACAUCCUCCCCCGGCACCAGAAGACAAACCGCCUCCUUUGUAACGCCAUCCGCGUCUUCAAGACGGGCCCCUGAAUCAUCUCGGCGGCCUCCGGCGCAGCAAAAUUCGCCCAAAAUUCUUCAUCAACACCCCCAAAAGAUACUACCCUCAAUCGAAGGAGGUCACAAUAGCAUCGCUUCAACAUCCAGAUGCAGCGAAGAAGUCAAGCGCUUGGCAGCACUGGGCUAUCGACAAGAGUUCAUCGACAAGCUCCUGCACGCCACCUCGCGGGACGUCACCGUGAUGAAAAAGGUAUGCGAGCUCAAGGCGCAGAAGAAAUCAAAGGGCUACGGUGCUGCUUCCGGCCCGUCGGAAAGCAUGCCGAACAUGCGGGGCGUCUGGACGGCAGAUGAGGACAGGAAACUCGUCAAGAUCUACGAGUUUGAUCAGAUGGACGAUGCGGACAAGACCGCAGCUGCCCAGAGGACCAGAGAUCAGGACGAGAGGGUGCUCAAGCAGAAACAUGGCUGGGAGGGUGCUUUGGAGGCGCGGAGGAGGUUUUUGCAACGCCAAUCGGAGGUUAUGGGAUGA